GAAGAUUCGGAUGAUUGCACUAUAUAAACAAAUACCAGUCUUUUAUUUUAAACAAAUAAUAUUUAAAGACGUAAACCAAAAUUUAUCACAAUCCUUUAAAAUAUGGAACAAGUAAAACUAACAGCUAUAUCAACAAAACUUUCAGAAGAAGAGGACACAGAUGAGGAAUCAGAAUUCCUUCCGUCAUUCACACAACCUACAACACUUCCACAUUCGUUUUCAGCAACAACUGUAAGCGAGAACACCGAGAUAUUGGACGAUAAAGAAUGGCUCAUUAAAAGCAAGCACAUUUCUACCGGAAGUUCUUCCCGAAGAAGUCAUCAUAAUGGAGAACAUGCAGGACGUGGUCAAACUUCAGGAAAUCGAAGAAUGAGUCUGAAUUUUGAUAAAUCAGAACAUGUUAUAAAAAUGUGUGCAAUGGCUUGUGCGUGUACGUUUGGGGUUGGAAGUCACUUUGCUUCACAUAUUAUUGGACCUAUGAAGGGAAUAUUAAUGGAGCAACUUGAUCUCACAAAUACUCAAUUUUCACUAUUGGUCGCAUCUCUUACUCUAUGUAAUACGGUGAUCCCAAUAGUUUCAGGGCUUCUUGUAACAAGAUUUGGAACUACUCGUAGUUCCUUGGUUAUAACAACAAUAAUUCUAUUAGGAAUGAUCAUUUUCACUGUCGCGAGUUGGAAUGGCAAAGUUGGAAUUAUGAUCGUUGGAUUUAUUGUUUUUGGUAUGGGUUUGGCGCCUUUAACAAUUGUCCAAGAAACUAUUAUUGUCCAAUUUUUUCAAGGAAAUGGAUUAGGAUUCGCUUUAGCUGUUGGAUUGACAUUAGGGAGAUUAGCCUCAUUUAUUGCUACCGUGUUGGCCGUUCCAUUAUCCUUAAUGGAGCCAUUAACAUAUGUUACACCUUUCAUAGUAGCCACUGCCACGUGUGCAGUGUCAUGGAUUAUGAAUAUUAUAUAUGUAUAUAUAAUAAAACAUGCCGACAAUAGGAGAAAUCAUAACAAGGAAAGUGCUGCCUUGCAUUCGGUGGUGGGAAAGAAAACUGUUCAUUGGAAUGCUAUAUUCGAUUUGUCAGAUAUUUUUUGGUGGUUUUUGGUUGUAGGAGUUUUAUUUGGAGCUGCAAUGUCGCCUUUCCUUCAUUUAUCAAGCAAUAUAAUUAAACAUAGGUUUGAUACAACAGAUAUUUUGGCCGCAUGGGAAUCUUCUGUAAUAUUAUUAUUACCAGUAAUAUUAUAUCCUUUUUUAGGAUUAUUUUUGGAUAAAUUUGGUUAUAGAUUAUGGAUAUUAAUAUUUGGAUCAGCAGCUAUAUCGAUAACUUACUUAUUGUUACUCUCACCACCACAUUUAAUACACCCAUUUCCGCCGAUAUUCCUCUUCGCUGUGGCUUAUGCGGCAGUUCCUCUUACUAUGGUCACCCUUAUUCCACUGCUCACGAAAAAUGUUUCAACUGGUCUUGGACUACUGAAAAGUGUAGAUAAUAUUGGUGCAACACUUAGUCAAACAUUUGCUGGAAUAUUGCUAGAUGCGCAUAUAAGACAUAAAAAAUAUUUAAUUGAUGACGAGGGUAUAGAAUAUGGUCAUGAGGAUGAUGAUUUAGUAGCCUUAAAAAUGUUUGCUAUAUUAGGUGGUUGUUUGUUUUUGGUCUCUUUGAUAUUCUGGUGGAUGGAUAAAACGUAUAAGAGAGGAAGUUUAAAUGCUAAAUAUGAAGGUGAACAUCAUAAUGAUAAUAAUAAUAAUUAUGGACACCUGAGUACUAGUGAAGAAGAAGAAGUGCAUAAUACAGGACAAAUGCACAUGAUGAUUGUGGAAGAUGAAAUCUCUUAUGUUAGGGAUGCAUCUUUUGAGAAAAGAAGAAGAACUCUUAUUUAUAUGGGAAUUUUAGGUAUAAUGAUGAUAAUAUGUUGGAUUGUUUUUGGAGUUGUGGCUUUUGAAAAAGCUGGAACAAGUGCUUCCGACGAAAAGGAGCCGGAAUAAAUUAUUAUUUAAGAAAGACUUUUGCUUAAAAAAUAGAUUAUAUUACUUUUUAUGAAUAACCUACGACUUUUGAAAUUCAUUCCUUGUAAAAAAAAAAAAAUAAUAUACAAUUAAAUUACCAUGAAUUAUAAUUUAGACUUUAAAUACUAAUGAUUAAAUAAUAAUUUAAUAAAAAAUAUAUAAGCGUGUA